AUGCUCAUUCUAAAGCUUGUUUCAACAGCGUUUUUGAUCUCGGCCGCGGCCGCUAAGAGCCCAGUCGAGGGUCAAGACGUGGAGAUGAGGGCAGAGCAAGAGAAGAUUCUCGCUGAGCCGGCGAACGAAGUCAUUAUUGAUCCUCCGCUUGAAGUCCACCAAGUCUUUCUCACAGUCCAAGACCUAGCCCAGCAGAAAGAAUCGCCAAGACACAAGGCUGAGAAGGAGAGGUUACUGCAAAGACUCAACCGCAAUCACGGGAAGUGGGACGCGAACCAUCCUAGGUGGAGGCUCCUUGACGCCCUCUACGGCUUCCGCAAGUAUUUCGAUAGGAAUAUCGAGGACGUGACGCGGUGGAAGAACUUUUACAAGCACGUGUCGCCGGCACAAAAGAAGCUAUUGGAGAGCACUGUUCAGUAUUCCCAAAAGUUCACCAAGACGGAGCACUUUCUCUCAGAGAAUCAUGGGCUCUGUCAACGUGUCGUCGACGCCGCGCUUGAAUUCUACGAGGUAGACCCUAGCGAACUCGACGAGCACAUCAAGAAAGCCGAGAAGGACAGGAAGGUUGCCGAGAAAGUCAGCGUCUCCCAGGCUUUGAAGCACCUUGUUCGCGACUGGUCUGAAGAGGGACUGAGUGAGCGAGGGGAUGCGUUUCCUUGUCUCCUGCAGACUAUUGAUGGAUUAUUUCCUGAUCGGUUCGAUGGAGGAGAGGAGGUCAAAGUCUUGCUCCCUGGUGCAGGCCUCGGUAGGCUUGGCCACGACGUGUCGGCAUUGAAAGGUUUCGAGGUUACGAGCAAUGAAUGGUCAAUGUACAUGAACGUCGUGUCCCGCUUCCUCGACAGCCAGCCCUCUACCGCAUCCGGUGCCGUCUACCCCUUCGUCGACUACUGGUCCCACCACGUCUCCAACGCCGACAUGAUGCGCAAGAUCUCUUUCCCCGACAAGCCCAUCAACGCCAGCUCCGUGCUCCUCGUUGAAGGAGACUUUGUCACUAUAUUUAACGAGCAGACAGCAUACUUCGACUCCGUGGUAACACACUUCUUCAUCGACACUGCGAGAAAUCUGAUGAGCUACUUCGAUACGAUCCAUCGCGUCCUCAAGCCUGGAGGCUACUGGGUAAACUUUGGUCCGCUUUUGUAUGGUACGGGACCAUUCGUUCAGUUGUCUCUUGAGGAGAUCAUCAUCGUUGCGGAGGCCAUCGGCUUCGAGUUUCUGGAUACAUCAGAUAAUUGUGGGGAGCUUACGAUGGAGGGGAGGAAGGUUAGGGGGAUGCAGGCUGUGUACGGGUUUAACGAGAAAGCGUUGACAAGGAAUGCGUAUAACGCGCAGUUUUGGGUGGCGAGGAAGAAGGAGUAG